AUGCUUGCCAAGGAGGAGGGCCACUUCCUGAGGGGUUGGAUUGAAGUUCCUGAACACCUGCUUGACAUGAUCGAGCCAGGUGUCGGGUUCGUUAUCGUCCCAAGCCCUAAUGAGGCCGCCCAUACUGUGGAGUUCCUACUUGCAUCCUUCUGCCUCGUGGCCUUGGCCAUGGGACGCCCUGAUGGUUCCCAUGCCCCUGAGGGCUACGGAUACAAAGCCCCUAAGCAUCAGCAGAGCUACCAGGUAAACCUGACAUUUUUUCGAGGGGUGAGGCCAUUCGACUACUCCUACGUCGUCAAGGACGCCUACCAAAACCUCGACUUCGGUCACAAGUCCACCUCCGACGGGAAGGUGGUGACCGGCGACUACCACGUCCUCCUCCCCGACGGUCACAAUCAGACCGUCGUUUACACCGCCGAUCACAACGGCUACCGGGCUCAGGUUGCUUACCACGGAGAAGCCAGGUACCCCGAAGCCAAGCCCUAUGCCCCUGCCCCAUCCUACGACGCCCCUAGACCCACUUACAAAGGACCUGCCCCAGUCUAUGGAACUCAAGCUUCUACUUACUGA